AUGGGGGUCGAGCUGCGGGAGAGGGCGGGGUGCCUACCAGACGCCCCUCGGGGCAGGCAUAGGCCGAGCGCACCGCGCGCGAAGCUGCCGCUCUCGGAGCGGGGUUUAAUUCCGCCUUGCCUUACCCAAGCCGAGGCUAGCGGUUGGGGCAGACGAGACAGAAGAAUUUCCGCUCCGGAUAAGCCCCAGUGCAAACAAGCUGCAACAGCGGGCUCGGCGGGAGGAAGGAGAAAGAAGGGGAGGCGGCAGCGGAGGAGGAGCAGGGCACAUAAACCAGGGCACUUCAGUUGUCUCAUGUUUCCUUCUGUUGAGAGUUCACACUUCGCGUCGGAACUUUUGCGCACCAAUGGCGCAAUUAGCAUGCACAAAAGCCCUUGUUCGCGACGCUUGCGUUCGCGAGCUAGCUUUAGGAAAACUUGUGCUGACUUUUCGUUCUUUGUAUUCCCUUCAAACUCAUUUGGACCCAAGGUCGCCUUAACCCUCCCCUCCCCCAGCCCCCCUUCUUUAGGCGAGUGCAGAAGCAAACUCUUAGGUCAGUCCAGUGCUUUUACUGUAUUCCGCUCCAGCGGCGUGGGGAGUUACAAGCCAUUGUUCGGGGGAAUCUGUAUCUCUCCCCCCGCCCCCCCACCACCAUCGCCUGCUGGGAGGUCGCGCUGGUUAAUGAUUUCUGGGCAAGGAGCUCGGCUUCUGACGGGGGAGCCGGUCUGGCGGGGCUGCCUGAGCGAGGUGUGCUGGGACGCGCCGGGCCGGGCCAGCAGUCCCCGCCAUGGGCGAGGCGUGAGGAAGUCCUCCCGCAAGACCUGCAGGCUGCGGGGGCUCGGCAGGGGGGCUCGACGAUUGGUUACAGUUGGCAGGGAGGCAUGUCAGAGGGGGCCUCCCCAGCCCUCUCCUGCGGCCGCCUCCUCCCUUUGUCCAGCGCCGGGGACUCCGGGGAGCACCAGCCGCGCCUGCGCGCUGCGCUCCCUGCCACCGCCCCGCCGUCCCCGUCUCCCCGCUUGGGCACGGGGCUGUGCGCGACGCAGUGGACGGGUGCGGGGCUCAGCGAGGGACUCCCGGUUCCAUAGAGAUCUGGGGAGGGUGGAGGCAGCCUGCCGGGACCCCCCUGGCUCCUCGCUCCCAAGGAGUCGAGGGGAACGUCUCUACCGCGCUGCAAAGCCAGCAGAGACAGUGUUUCACCAUAGUGGCCAGGCUGGUCUCGAAAACCUGACCUCAAUUGAUCCACCUGCCUCAGCCUACCAAAGUGCUGGGAUUACAGGCAUGAGCCACCAUACCCAGCCAACUCUGUCUCUUAAAGAAGAAGAAGAAGGAAGAGGAGGAGGAGGAGGAUGAGAAGGAGGAGGAGGAGGAUGAGAAGGAGGAGGAGAAGGAGAAGAGAAGGAAGAGGCAGAGGGGGAGGAGGAGGAGGAAUUAUCUUAUUAUCUUGCCCAUUAAAUAAAAAAGUGUAAAAGUC